UUCCAAAAUAGCAACACCAACAAAAAUACAACACAACAAUCAAGCCAUCAUCGGCGACGUGGAAUAGACAAAAACUAAAAUUAGAAUAAUAAAGUGGCGUAUAUUGGAAAAAUGGCAAUAAACACCACAUCAAGCUGAUGGCGAUUACCAGAGUAUUAGUGUAAAUGUCAAGGAAAUGAUAGAUCAACAAAUAGCAAAGGAAGCAAAAGUCAUACAAAAUUCACUGGAGUAAAACUUCCACUGGUGUCGUUUGAAACGGUGGAGUGCUUCGUCAACGAUAAUUUGGUGGUGGUAACACGGAAAUUUCAUAUAGGCAAGCAGCAAAGUAGAAAAUUCGGGAAUAGCAUCGUGGAUAAGUUGCAAUUAUGUAAUUCUAUUGAAGCGGCCUACACAUUCACCUUUAUCUUCGCCUUUCGCGACUGCUAUUAGCUAUUGUAGAAAUGGAUUCUCUGUUAUUUUUAACUGCUGCGGCUCAUCUCGUCUACGCACCAUUCACGAAAGUGGAGGAGAGCUUUAAUCUGCAAGCUAUGCAUGAUAUUCUUUAUUUAAGGCAAAAUUUCACAGAGUAUGAUCAUCAUGACUUUCCCGGAGUGGUGCCGCGCACCUUCCUCGGUUCGCUUGUAAUUGCCAUAUUGUCGACACCUUUUGUUAUUCUUUUUGAAGCAUUGCACAUAAAUAAAUUUUGGGCGCAAUAUGUAGUACGCUUAGUGUUGGCCGCCGCGGUAACAGCAGCGUGGCACAACUUGCGGCGUGUGAUAACCAAACAACUAGGCAGAGAUGUGCGCUUGUGGUUUACAAUAAUAACAUUGACUCAGUUCCAUUUUAUAUUCUACAUGAGUCGUCCAUUGCCAAAUAUUAUAGCUUUACCUGUUGUACUUUAUGCCUUGGCAUUCUGGUUACAAGGCCAAACGAAACAGUUCAUUUUUACUUCCGGUGUCGCAAUCUUAGUUUUCCGUUCUGAACUUUUGAUAUUUUUGGGCCUUCUACUGGCAUACGAUGUGCUGUUUCGAAAAGUUUCUAUUCCAGGCAUAUUAAAAAUAGCAUUACCCGCAGGUUUUGCUAUUUUAGUCACUACAAUUAUUGUAGACUCGUUCUUCUGGCGCCGCCUUUUGUGGCCUGAAGGGAUAGUACUCUGGUACAACGCAAUACUUAAUAAGAGUUCCGAUUGGGGUACAUCUCCAUUUUUAUGGUAUUUCUAUUCAGCAUUACCACGCGCCUUAGGUGCUUCAAUUGUGCUGGUGCCUAUUGGUUUGUAUUUGGAACCGCGCAUACGCCCAUUGGUGUUUGCCGCAUUAGCAUUUGUUCUUAUUUACUCAUUUCUACCGCAUAAAGAAUUACGUUUCAUUGUUUACGUAUUCCCUGUGCUCAAUUUGCCAGCUGCCUGUGCCUGUAGUCGUUUUUGGCUCAACAGGGGAAAAUCUUUGUGGUAUCAACUACUCGCAUUUGGUGCCGGUGCGCAUUUAUUACUUAAUAUUCUUAUAACUGUAUUCCUCUUGGUAAUAUCGAGAACUAACUAUCCGGGUGGAGUUGCAUUAAUGCGUCUGCAUCGUCUGGAAGCACAAACAGCCAACGUGUCUGUGCAUAUAGCAAACUUAGCAGCGCAAAGUGGAGUUUCACGGUUUUUGCAAAUUCGCGAUGACUGGCACUAUUGCAAAAAUGAAUCGAUAACUUACGGUCCCGAGCAGACAAAGCAUUACACACAUUUGUUGGUGGAAGCAAAAAACAAAAAUAAUGUACAACUUUGGUCGGCUCUUCAGGUAGAGUUUGAAACCCUUGAGUUUGUCGAAUGUUUCAAUAAUAUUGGCAUACAAUAUAGCUCAUUUGUGCCAAUUCGAAUUAAGACGAAGCCAUGUAUUGGCAUUUUAAAGCGACGAACCCCGCCUGUUGCUGAUACGAGCAAAAAUAAGUCGAAAGAUGAGAAGAAAGCGAAGAAAAAGAGUAAAAAAUCCGGCGAAAUGCAGACCGCCGAAGCACCUUCGAGUGGAUUUGUAUUUGAAGAAGUAAUUGAAAGUGAAUUACCAAAAGACUUACAUAGCAAAGAAAAGACAAAGAAUGCAUCUAUCAAAGAACCAAUACCACUUACGGAAGAACUUGAAAGCACACAAUACGAAAUACCAGAUGCAAAAGCAUCAAUUGAGGAUGGUUACGUCGAAGAUUGGACUUUGGAAGUGCUUGACGAAGAAGAACUGAAUAAACCAGCUGAAGGCCGACAAUCUGAAAUACCACCUUUUUCUACUAGUGACAACCUUACUAUAAAUAUAUUAGCACACGAGUCUGAUGCUGACGUCGAAUCGGCAGACGUCUCCGAUCAGCAAACGAAAGACAUAAAUUUCCAUGAACUGCACAACCUAGCGCUGGGUAAAGUGAAUAGGAAAACCUUGGCAACCAAACAAAAAAUUCGUCAACUAAUCGAGCAGCAUUACCGCUCGAAGGGACGACAAAUUGAAAGCUCUGCAGAAAAAAUCGAAAAACGUGCCCAUACUGGCGUCGCGCCUGGAGCGCGCCAAUCGGUUAAGGCGAUUAUAAAACAAGAGCGCAUUAAGGAAAUGAUAGAGCAGAUCGCUACAAUGGACUUGACUCGCAUAUGCGAUCUAGAGCGCGUAUCUACGAAACACUGUCUGAAGCAGGUCAUCGACAAACUGGAUGCCGAUGAUAAGGCGGGGAGUGGUUCUUGAAAAGUGCAUAUUACCGUAAUCAAAUGAAGUUGUUUGCCAAAAUCAUGCGAGUUAUUUGCCUUUAUUUUUUAUUUAUUUCAAAUAAGCAAAUGUUUACCAAAAAAAAUAUACAAAUGUCAAUAAAUUAUAUACAUUGCAAACAAA